AGAAUUUUAAGACUACUCCAAAUGAUCAACUAAACAUCGUCUAAUUCUUUGGAGUCUCAUUUUAGACAAUAACUUUAUUCGUUUCUUUUGCAUCCUUCCAUUCCAUGCAAAAAUACUUUGCACUUCGUAUAAUUUCAUUACCUAAUUUGUCAAUAGUAGUAGUUGAACACAUUCCUUUGUUAUUCCCUCUUUUUCUCUUUAACGAAAUCAAUUUCUUUUUUUAGGGUUUUGAAAUGUUCGAGCUUCAACAAUGGAGUUAGGGUUAGAAUCAUCAUCAUCAUCAUCAUCAUCAACAACCUGCCCUUUAGGGCUUUCUCUCACAAAUCAACAAAAUUCAACAAUUUCAUCUGCAGAAUCUCCUUCUUCAUCAUUUGAUCGUCAUCAAUCUUCCGAUUCCAUCAACGAUCGCCUCGUUUCUCUCUCUAUUGACGCCGUUGCCGCCGUUAAUGGCGGCGAAGACGGCGAUCCUAAGGCGGAGAGAGAAAACAAUGAAGAAGAAAAUGGGGAGAUUGAGAUUGUGAGGAGUAACGAUUUGAAGGGUAGAAAUAGUAGUGAGGAUGUUAUUGCUGUAAUCGAAGCUACCGACAAUGGCGAUCGUACGGAGGAGAUAGGAAACAAUGAAGAAGAAUGUAGGGAAGAAAAGAGGGAGAUUGAGAAUGUGAACAUGAGUGAAUUGAGUGGCAGAAGUAGUAGUAAUAGUUUUGCUGCCGACAACAAUGGCGGCGAAGAUGUCGAUCGCCCGGAGGCGUUAGAGAACCGUAAAUUGGGUGUGGAAGAAAAGCAGGGUAUUGAGAAUGUGAGCAAAAUUGAGGGUAGUGAAGAGGUGGUAACUUGUAGGAUUAGUAGUGAUAGGAUUCAGACUGAAAUCGAGGCGAGUAACAAUGGCGGCGAAGAUGGCGAUCACACGGUGGUGAUAGAAAACCAUGAAGUGGAGAGUAGGAAAGAAAAGGGGGAAAUUGAGAAUGUGAGUAAAAUUGAGGGCAGUGAAAAGGAGUUAGCUUGUAGGAUUAGUAGUGAUGGGUUUCAGAGCGAAUUCGAGGAGGGAGACAAUGGCGAUGAAGACGGGGAUGGCACGGUGGUGAUGGAGAACCAUGGAGUAGAGAGUGGGGAAGAAAAGGGUGAAAUUGAGAAUGUGAGCAGAAAUGAGGGUAGUGAAAAAGUGUUGAGUCGUAGAAAUAGUAAUAAGUUUCCGGUGAGGCCGGAGGCUGAGGAUUGUACGUUUUAUGUUCGAACCGGGACUUGCAAGUUUGGGAUGAAUUGCAAGUUUAAUCAUCCUCCUAAUAAUAGGAGAUUUCAGGGUGUCAAGGUGAGGGCAAAGGAAGAACGUGUUGCUUCUACUAUACAUAAGGUGAAGGAAAAGGAUGAAUCUGUGGACAAUGAACAGAUUGAUUGCAAGUACUUUGAUCGUCCCGGAGGGUGUAAAUUUGGGAAAGCUUGUAAAUUCAAUCACAGCAGAAAAACCAACCCUACCUCGAAGCUUAAUUUUAUGGGUUUGCCGAUUCGUCUGGGAGAAAAGGAGUGCCCUUUUUAUAUGCGCAAUGGCUCGUGCAAAUUUGGAGCCAAUUGUAGAUUUAACCAUCCUGACCCUACCUCUGCUAGAGGACCUGAUGCUUCGCCCAAAUACAGCAAUGGAGGAUCCAUCUUUGCACCUAAUGCCUCGCAUUUGACUCUUGCACCUUGGUCUCCUCCUACCACUUUGAAUGAAAAUCCUCCUUAUAUCCCUUUGAUGUUUUCUCCAACUCAAGGUGUUCCUUCACAAUCAGAAUGGAACGCUUACCAGGCUCCAGUUUAUCCACCUGAGAGGAGCAUUCACAUUCCACCAACAUUUGCAAUGAAUAGUCAGUUACUAAAAAGGCCGGAGGAAAUGCUGGGUGAAGAAUUUCCAGAAAGACCUGGCCAACCUGAAUGCAGUUACUUCUUGAGAAAUGGCGAUUGUAAAUACAGAUCUGCAUGUAAAUUUCACCAUCCCAAAAGUGUGAUGGCUCAGUCACCAUCGUGUCUUCUCAGUGACUUGGGUUUACCUCUAAGACCUGGUGAAAAUGUUUGCAGCUAUUACAGUCGAUAUGGAAUUUGCAAAUAUGGUCCUGCCUGUAAAUAUGACCAUCCAAUAAACUAUGCUCAUUCAUCUGAGUUGACUGUCUCAGCAGUAGAUCAGACUCCAGUUUUAGGUGACUCCGUGAUCAAAAACCAGGCUAUGGCAGCUGAAUCCUAAAUGGUGAAUCUGAAGCAUGAAUAUAUUUAUGCAUUAGAUUUGAGAAAAAUGCCUUGUAAUGACUAUUAUUCAGGUUAGGAGUUUCAAGAAUACUUCUCUUGCUGUCAAGAACUUGUUGAGGCUGAUGUUUUCUUAUCAAAGUUUUACUUGAGAGCAACUUGUAAAUUAUGUUUCAGAUUAUGUGUAAAAUGUAAAUUAUCAACUUCAAAGCUCUAUUUGCUGAAAACUACUUCUACACCUGCGAUGUUUUUAGCUGUCCAAGCUUGACAGUGAUUAGUGUACAUUUACUUGCAAGGAAUUGCAAUUUUUUUUUUGAGAAAGAACAUCUGUUUCAAUAUUAUUGCAAAUUUGCAACACGUUUGCACUAUUAAUGCUAAA